AACCUCAAACAUACAAUCUCAUUGCAAACUAGUUUAGUUACUGCUACUCUUGAAAUUCUUUACCAUUCAUAAGCGCACCUAAUUUUUAUUGCUCUAGAAACGUGUCGACAAGAAAUGUGUUGACGACCAAACUUGCUUGGGAAUAAGGACGUCUUCCACCGAGAAAAGAUCCAGAAAGCACACUUUGGACGUGUAUCAUUGAAUCUCUAAGAAUACUGCUUUACACUUGCAAGUGUAUUCACUAGUUUUCCUCAAAAUGCCUUCGGACAAAGGAUCCGAGAAUGUCAAGGUCGUGGUUCGGUGUCGUCCAUUGAAUGAGAAGGAGAAACAAACUGGUUUCAAGGAGAUUGUAAAGGUGGAGCAAGUGCAGGGGAGAGUCACCGUGUCUACACCAAAUAGCAGUGCCGGUGAGCCACCUAAAGUGUUCACCUUUGACACGGUCUUUGGGCCCGAUGCUAAGCAAGUUGACAUCUACAAUCAGACAGCACGACCAAUCGUAGACUCUGUGCUUGAAGGUUAUAAUGGCACGAUAUUUGCAUAUGGUCAGACUGGUACGGGAAAAACGUUCACUAUGGAGGGUGUCCGUACUGUUCCGGAACUGUGCGGCAUAAUUCCAAACUCGUUUGCGCACAUCUUCGGUCACAUCGCCAAGGCCGAAGAGGACAAGAAGUUUCUAGUCAGGGUGUCGUAUCUCGAGAUAUACAACGAGGAGGUGAGAGACCUGCUCAACAAGGACCAGAACGUGCGGCUGGAGGUGAAGGAGCGGCCGGACGUCGGCGUCUACGUUCGCGACCUCUCCGCCUACGUCGUGAACAACGCCGACGACAUGGACCGCAUCAUGACGAUGGGCAACAAGAACCGCGUUGUCGGCGCGACCAACAUGAACGCCGUCAGCUCACGAUCGCACGCCAUCUUCACGGCGAUACUCGAGUGCAGCGAGAAGGGGCUGGACGGUGAGCAGCACCUCGUCAUGGGCAAGCUGCACCUGGUCGAUCUCGCCGGCUCGGAGCGGCAGUCGAAGACCGGCGCGACGGGGCAGCGCUUGAAGGAAGCGACGAAGAUCAACCUGUCGCUGUCGACGCUGGGCAACGUCAUCUCGGCGCUCGUCGACGGCAAGAGCACGCACGUGCCGUACAGGAACUCGAAGCUGACGCGCCUGCUGCAGGACUCGCUUGGCGGCAACUCGAAGACGGUGAUGUGCGCCAACAUCGGGCCGGCCGACUACAACUACGACGAGUCGAUCAGCACGCUGCGAUACGCGAACCGCGCCAAGAACAUCCAGAACACGGCGCGCAUCAACGAGGACCCGAAGGACGCGCUGCUGCGGCAGUUCCAGGAGGAGAUCGAGCAGCUGAAGCGGCAGCUCGAUGAGGGCAGCGACGUGAGCGGCGCCGAGGCGAGCGGCGACGACAGCGGCGGUGACGACGACGACGACGUCGAGACGGGCGAUGGCGGCGAGAAGCGGCGGCGCCGUCGCCGCAGCAACCGCGUCUCGAAGGAUGGCCUCGCCGAGAUCCAGGCGAAGAUCGAGGCGGAGAAGAAGCUGCUCGCCGAGAAGAAGGACAUGGAGGAGGAGGAGCGCGACCGCAUGAAGGCCGACCUCGAGAAGCGCGAGCAGCACCUGCAGAAGACGCAGGGCGAGCACGACCAGCUCGUCCACCGGCUGCAGGCCAUCGAAAAGAAGAUCAUCGUCGGCGGUGAGAACCUGCUGGAGAAGGCCGAGGAGCAGGAGCGGCUGCUCGCGGAGAGCGCCCGCGAGCUCGAGGAGCGCUGCCGCCAGGAGGAGGCGCUGCGGCUCGCGCUGCAGGAGAAGGAGGCCGAGCGGCUCGACAUCGAGGAGAAGUACUCAAACCUGCAGGAGGAGGCCGCCGGCAAGACGAAGAAGCUGAAGAAGGUGUGGACGAUGCUGAUGAGUGCCAAGUCGGAGCUCGGCGACCAGCAGCAGGAGCACCAGCGCGAGAUGGAGGGCCUGCUCGAGAACGUGCGGCAGCUGAGCCGCGAGCUGCGUCUGCAGAUGCUCGUCAUUGACGGCUUCAUCCCCGCCGAGUACCAGGAGACGAUCGACGAGCACGUACACUGGAACGAGGACAUCGGCGAGUGGCAACUGAAGUGCGUCGCCUACACGGGCAACAACAUGCGCAAGCAGCCGGCGAACGGCGGCCGCGACGCGCCACCCGAGCAGUAUGCGCCCGACCUGUCUGGCGUCUACCUGACGUACGCCGCCGAGGGCGGCGGAAUGCCGUUCCGGUCGAGCCGCGGCGCCAGCCUCAAGUCACGCGGCUUGAAGGGCAGUAAAAAGAGCAAGAGAAAUAGUCUCGGCAUCGACCACUUGCUGCAGUAGAUGCGCGAGCGUUCGUGGAACGCGCGGCGCUGCACGCGGUAAUUAAAGAGCGCGUGGUUUCGAUAUAUUUGCACAUUUUCUUUCUACGCUCGCAUCAUGUGUACAUUUUUAGAUAGCAAAGCAAGUGUCACCUGUGUCUUUUUUGUGCUCUAAAGUAUUAGCUGGUUAAGAUAGACAUAUCGUUUAUCAAGGCUUAGUGAUGGGAAUGCUAAGUUAUCGACUAGUCUCAUGUAGGUGUUGAAGUGAGAAUCUCAUAAAUAGGUGGCAGUCAGAUGUAUGAGAGCCGAACGGUCACACGUGUUAUGUCGCCAUUGAUUUCUAGUCUAAAAGUUGUAAGUAUUAUAUUCAAUAUCUGUACACAUCAAACAAUAGAACGUGUAUUGUUGUCUAUGCACAUAGUGAUUCAAACUUCUGGAAGCUAUGUGAAAAUGCAAACAAUCACGUUUUUACACAUUUUCUGGAGCUGUCACUGGCUAAACCUAUUAGCUGUUCAUGAGUGUGGGUGAGAAAAUGUACUGUUGCUACUUACGUAUACUGUUUCAUAUUAACGGUAGUAUCCAGAGAAGUCAAGACUUCGAAUCAGUAUGUGAAAGAUGGUAAUUCUCUCGUAAGUAUAUGUAUAAGUAUAAGUAUAUGUAUGUAUUGUUGCUAAUAGCGUCAAUGAAUGUAUACCCAGUCUCACCUUAUAACUAGUCAAAUAUGCCUCCUAGUUGUUACGGGUACGUAAUCGAAUUUCUGAUGGUACACUAUAUACAAUACUCUUUGUUUCGCCAUUUCGAUAACAUGGUGGUGUUUUGUGAACUAAGUCUAGCGCCACAAGUCCUCACGACACACGACAUGGGCACAGUGAGUAGGUGCACGUAUCUCAAGUACUUUGCUGAGUUGCAGUGUGAAUAAUAUUGUCGUUAUUACAUUUAAUUUACAUGCGAGUACGUUAAUGUAUGUAGGAAAAACAAUUACAGACGGAUGCUCGCAUUGGAAUGAAGUAUUGAAAAAAACCAGACUGCUGAGAAGAAAGGCAUAGCUGUCAAACCGCUAUAACGCUUAUCACGUUCGUAUCAUAGCUUCACAUGUACAGCUAGCCCGACCAGGCUCUACGACUGUUUCACGUCGUUCGAACGAUGUCUCGCCAAGUAGAGAGAAGCGAGAAGGUAACUUGUGUCUACCGUAUAGCCAGCCCUUCACUUUUGCUACAGGAAGCGAAGGGCUGCACGGUUAGAGCUAGUUUGUACUUCUACUCUAUGCUUGGUCAAGCAUUGAUAUUUUCGGAGCCAGGGCCAUGUGUUGUCGCACGCUUGCGUGUGAAGUUGGCACAGGUAUAAAUAAAGAAAGUGAACAUAGAGGAAUAGACACUCGUCUUGGUAUUUA